GGAAAGCCAGAGAGGGAUCCUGGGAGUUUCAGAAGUUCUUUGCUGGAAAGUUGCUCUUGCCGGACCUGCAAACCGGAUCAGAGAAUGAUGUAUGUACAUUUGGUCUUCCUUUUUCUCUUAUUACACUUCUAACAAUCACUACUUGCAUCAGGCUCCUAUCGCCUCUCCCUCUCUUCAGCGGCCUACAAACUCCGUUCAGUCAUCAGAGUCAGCAUUCAUGCGUCCGUCCAGUCCCUUUUUUGUGAACAACGGCAUGAGAUCAACCUCUUCUCAUUUCCCCUCGCCGACCGCUUCUCCUUCAGUGCAGAAUCAGGCAGUGUCUCAGCAACAGCAGCAAUCGCAGCAGCAGCAGCCCUCGUCUGAUCCAGUCCUGCCGUCGUUGAGUUCUCUAUCGCUAGGUCUUCAGGACUACGCAUCGCCUUUCAGUCCCCCGGUAGCGAACUCAUGGUCGCCAUUCUCUGGCACGCCGACGUCUCAGCACGCUCAGUUGCAUACGCCGUCUACAAAGCCUUUGGACCACGACCCCUUUGUUCCUUCGAUCUUCGGCGCUGUUCCGCAGCAAGGAUUUCAGCCUUCUCCAGAACUUCAACAGCAAAUCCCCCCUCCUCCUCCUGGACUAGGCCUGCCCCCUAUGCUCGUCCCUGCGCCUCUGAUCAGCUGGGUCUAUCUGGACAACCAAGGUAUGGUCCAGGGUCCGUUCCAGGGUACUCUGAUGCAGGAAUGGUAUGUGAAUGAGUGGUUGUCGAAAUCGUUGAAAAUGCGACGUGUCGAAGAGUCGGAAUUUUACACUCUCGGCGACUUUCUGCGUAUGGUCGGGACCGAGACCGAGCCGUUCUUGGUGCCUCUGCCUAGAGUUGAAUUUGGUGUGCCUGCUAUGGCACCGCCUAUUCCUCAGCAGAUGAUGCCGUCGCAGGACCAGUACUUGACUUCUUAUGCCCAGCAAAUGCAGCAACAACAGCAGCAGCAACAGCAGCAGCAGCAACAACAACAGCAGCAACUUUCACAACCUCAACCUCAACCUCAACAGCAAGAACAGCAGCAGGCUUCUCCUGAGCCUGUGGAGGCCGAGAAAGAGUCUGCUCCAGUCGUCAACGAUGAUCCUGAUGAUGAGUUCAUUCCCAAGGUCGAGCAGCCAACUCCUGCCCCUGCCGUAGCGCCAUCCGAGCCAAUCGCUGAGCGCAAGGUAUCUAUGCCCGCUCCGGCUGCCGAAGCUGCUGCGCCGCAACCCGUGGCCGAACAGAAGACUGUCAAGCAAGAGAAGAAGGCUGAGGAACAACCUGCGAAGCAGACUGCAGAGUCUGCAUGGGAAAGCACCAGUAGCACGGCUGAAGAAGCUUGGUCUGUCGGUCCUAGCAUGAGCAGCGUGAAACCUGUUGCACCGGUUAAGCACAAGCUUCAGCCUUUGCCUCCUGCCACGCUGUUCACAAAGCUGGGCGACUCUUCUGCUUCGAACAACAAGCCCUCUACUACGACUGGAAAUUCUAUUACUUCGGUGCCGAUUGCCCCGUGGGCUAAGACGGCGACAGAGAAAAAGCCAAAACCGUUGACUGUCAAAGAGAUUGAGGAGCGAGAGGCUCGUGCAAAGGCACUUGCUAAGCAGCAGCAGCAGCAAGCUCAGCAACAGAAGCGCUCUGAGAUCCUUGAUCUGUCAAACGGAAACGUUAUUACUGACGAUUUGACGGGCUCCGCUCCUCCCGGUCUUCCUCGAACUGCCACGUGGGCCAAGACAUUGACCCCGGCUACGUCGUCGUCUGGUGGAAAGAAGACGCUGGCUCAAAUUCAGAGGGAGGAGGAGGAGGAAGCCAAGAGACGUAAGGCGGCCGCAGAGGCAGCUGCUGCGUCUGCUCCUGGCGUCAUGACUGCCCAAGGCAAGAAGUAUGCCGAUAUCAUUUCCUCGCGUCCUGGGGCUUCUGGCGUUCGGUCGGCUGUGGCUGCUGCCUCGGCCGUUGGCGGAAGCGCAUGGACUACGGUGGGUGCUGGUGGAAAGAAAUCAUCGACUUCUACACCUGUGUCUAAUGUUCCCGGCGGUGUUCCGGUUGUCCGCAGAGUUGCUACUCUGGGAACCCCGGUCGCGUCUGUCACUCGAACUGUCCCUUCGGCUUCCGUUCCCGCCGGCGCGGUGAUGAAGCCGUCGACAUCGGCCGACGAGUUUCUGAAAUGGUGCCGUCAGACGCUUCGAGGAGUUUCGGCUGGCGUGAACGCGGAAGAUCUGCUCUCGAUGCUUCUCUCGCUGCCUCCUAGCGGCGGAAACGAGACUACCGAGAUCAUUGCGGAUUCCAUCUAUGCCAACUCGACUACGAUGGACGGAAGAAGAUUUGCAGAAGAGUUUGUGCGGCGCAGAAAGGCCGUCGAGGGAAGUUCCGGGGCAGGUAGCUUGAGCAGCGCGAUGUCGAAGAGCGCAGGAGAAAGCUCUGCAGCGUCGUCUGGCGUGGUUGUUCCCAAGAAGGACGGAGCUGCCGAGGGAUGGAACGAGGUGUUAGUGAAGAGCAAUGCGAAGACGCUCAAGGCGGCGGUCGGGCCUGAUGCGAAUGACGGGUGGAACAGCAUGUUCAAGGUUGUUGGAAAGAAGAAAGGGAAGCGUUGAGUGAUAGUAGAAUUGUAAAUAAAGUUAUGGGCGUUUCUCUCGUGUUGGUAUAAGAUAAUCUUGGAGUGAGUUAUUCUCAGACAACAGACUACGUACUUU